ACAGGGGUGAGAUGUUUUUAUUUUUUAAUACUAGAAUGACAAGCUCAAGACUGUGGCUAACGUGGCAUGUGAUAAUGGCAUGAGCGUUUAGUUCAAGUCUGCAGCCUAAGAAGGAAACUGCAUACCUAGCCUUAUUCUUUCCUGUCACCUCUGUGCGACUAAGGCCAACACUGGCUUCCCCUUUCCUGUGGUUAACUUGCCUGGGAGUUACUAGUUCCUCAAGAGGAGUCGAUCAUGGCUGAUGACUCUCAGAGAAACUUCCGGUCAGUGUAUUAUGAAAAAGUGGGAUUUCGUGGAGUUGAAGAAAAGAAGUCACUGGAAAUUCUGUUAAAAGAUGAUCGUUUAGAUAUUGAGAAGCUUUGCACGUUUAGUCAAAGAUUUCCUCUCCCAUCUAUGUAUCGUAUACUGGUGUGGAAGGUGCUUUUAGGGAUUAUUCCUCCUCACCAUGAAUCUCAUGCUUUGGUGAUGAAUUACCGGAGGGAGCAAUACUGGGAUAUACACCAUGCUCUCCAUAUAAUUCGUUUUAUCAAUGAUUCUACCCCACAGGUAGAUGUUUUCCUGCGGAUACAUCAAUUGGAAUCAGGAAAAUUGCCUCGAAACUCGGCUUUUUCUUUGGAACCUGAAGAUGAAGUCUUUCUUGCUAUUGCUAAAGCAAUGGAGGAAAUGGUGGAGGAUCCUAUAGAAUGCUACUGGCUUGUCAGUUGCUUUGUGAAUCAGCUGAACAGCAAGCACAAAGACUCAUUACAACAACUGCCAAAAAUUCUGGAGCAGUAUUUGAACGUUGAAGAUAACAGACUCCUGAUGCAUCUGAAAGCGUGUUCUGCAAUGAGCAAACUUCCUUACAAUCUUUGGUUUAAAAAGUGUUUUGCAGGCUGUUUACCUGAGUCCAGUUUACAGAGGUUCUUCAGCACACUUCUUAAAGCUGCCACACUGGUAAAGUGAGGAGCACACCAAGCAUUUCCAUUGGCUUAGGAGAAAAAUUCCUCAAGACUCUCUAUCCAACCUGGAAUAUAGACACAGUGCUUCCUGGAACAUGGACCUGCGUGUAGCACAGUCUUGCGAGAGACAGAAAGGCUUGCUCAUCUCUGAAAAAGGGAGAGAACUGGAUCGCACCUCUUGUUUGUACUCACCAGUGCGCGCUCUGCUCGAAUUCUGCCACGGCAUCUGUUCAGUAAGCCCCGUGCGUGGAGAGCUUUCCAACGGCACUAUACGGGCCCUCUGCUGGAGAGCCCUGCUGUUCAAGCAUGGUGUCCUGUUUGUGUUUCCAGCUGUACAGUCAAAAUUGCACUUUUGCUGCUGAUUUAUUCCAGCCCUGUUACCCCAGAUGAUCCAGCUAUAACAGAAUUAGUGCAGCUUUGCAGAUAUAAGUGGGUAUAAGCUACGGAUUUUUUUUUUAAGGCCCAAUGUUGCCAGUCAUGUAUCAUGAUGUACAUGUAUCAUGUAUCAUGUCCCCGACUAACAUUAUUUGUAGUUUGCAGUGAAGACUUGGCAGUAGCAGGACUGCAGUAGCUGGUAGGGUGGAGCUGGGUUUUUAGCCUCUAGUAACUUGUUUGUGACAAAGUACUCAGUAGUUCUCCUAAAAUCUUGUGACUGCAUUUCAAAGCUGGUACACUACCUCAUGUAUUAAUGUAUGGCUUGUGCAGUUUUACAGCUGUGACCUCCAUGUCCUGCAUGAAUUGCAUCUAGUUGUAAAAAUGGGUCAAUUGCUAGUAGAAUGAACAGAAAUGUGGAAGAUACUUCCAAUUUACUGUGGAGCGUGAGGGCAUGGGAGCGUGCCUGAGGGCUGCUACUACAAAGAAUCUUACACACGUGAUUCUUACCCUUUAGUCAGUUGUUUGCCUAUGUCUAAAUAACGGAACUGCAUCCUGACUCUGGGGACCAGACAGGUACAAGGUCCUGACUCCACAUCAGGAUGACACUUGUGUGAGUUGCAUCAUGUCCUUCCAUGCCCAGUUAUCACUGGGGGGACACUCAGAUGUGCGGCAGAAGAGCAAGCAGUGCCUUCAAGCAUCCCAGGCCUGGAUAACUGAAAGGCCAGAACCAGGGUAUAAGGUAGAGUGUGCUUUACCUUGCAGCCUAGGUGCCGCCUUUGUGUGACAAAGCUCUGAGAGUCAGGAUAAUGUUUCAGAAAAAGAGAGAACAGUAACCUUUUUGCUACAGUACUGCACUGAUGAGGAACCUGAAAAGCUCCCUUGAGAAUAGCUUGUCUACACACGCAUGCACACACACACACACAGAGGCACAAGGUAUGUAAGACAUGUUUUGUCUGCAGAAAGCUCAUUCUCUGAAAGAUCAUUGAAAAGUAAACGGCGUCGUUUGCGUGAUCUUUCACAUACUGUUUACCUCUUAGCUUCCUAUUUCAUUAUAUUUUUCUUUGUUAUUGCUAUUUCACUGUUCAAGGAAUACCUACCGGAGUGUUCCUGUGUCUAAUUGAAUACUGCUAUAUUUCACAGGGGGUAAUAGUCACGAAAGAGCUAAUAAUGAAUUUAGUAUAUGUUUUCUUUUUCAGCAGUCCUCAGUAGGGCUGCUAGCACAGUUGGUUGACGUUUGUGUCAUUUCUCCGUCCCUAAGAGUAUCAAAAGCUGGUAAAAGUUAUAAUCUCUGACGUUGUGCUUUAUCUUAAAUGUUUGCCAUUAUUUAAAAAGUGAAAGUACACUAGAAUCAGCAAAAUAUAUGUUUUAUUGAAACUGCUGUGAGUUUUUUUUUUUUCCGUUCCAUGUCAGCUUUUUCUCUGGUGAAGUUAAUGUUGCCAUAUCUUGCUAGUUCUGCUGGUAUAGACAAGGUGCUGACUGGCAGUCUGUUCAUUACAAUGUCACGGUCAUUCCCCUGUUGCUGCCAGUAGUGGAGUUGCCUUGGCAGUAACAAUAGUUGGAAAUGUUAAAGGGAGGGAGGGAAAAAAAAGAAAAGAAAAAGAGGGCAGCAGACACAGGUGGUUAGUGGUAACAUAGCAUCCACUUUGCUAUGCACCCUCUUCCAAAACUUGUUAGAAACUGGGGAUUUAAAUGUUACUGCAUCUGAUUUGCCAUCAUUAAAAUACUUGUUCAGGUGUCGGACUAAAUAAUACAGGAAAACAUUAGAAUGUUUUCUGAGUGUGAAAUGUAACCUACUGUAAAGUAGUUAUGGAGACUUGAAAGCAAAAUAAUGAAGGAAGACUGGAAACCUCUUAUUAGGAUAAGUAAAUUUGUAUUCAGAUUAACAAAUACGAACUUCAAAAAGUUCUGUCCUAUUUUGGGGGAAAUGAGGAGCUAUUUUGGGGUUUUAACCAGAUGAGCUUCUAAAGGAAAAUGUGUUAGAAAUAGAUGGAGAUGACCUCUACGAUAUAGAAUAGAAACUGUGAUCUCAGUUUUCGCAUACCCUUGCUUCAAAUAUCGAGACCUGACUUCAGCAUCAGUAUUACAUUCAUGUUGCUCACUUGUGCUGAGGUGUUUGAAUAACAAAACAAGAGGUAAGAUUUUCCUCUUGGCUUAUUUAUUGUUUCUGCCCUUGUGGGAAUUUCGUUCAUUUUUAGUCAUAAUGAGACAGGGAAUUAAAAAUUAAAUUGCA